ACCCUGGAUAAUAUUAUUAUUAUUGCUUUCGCCUCCCCGAGCAUCUUGUGUGUGUACAGUCUCCGUAUUGUCCACGGCACGCCACGUUGUGUUGUUUCAUCCCGUCACGAGUCACUAAGGGUUACGAAUCAUCCGAGGACGACGCUUUUUUUUCUUUCUUUCUUCGUUUCCGCCUACUCUUUUUGUCCUUCCAGACACGUGACGCGGCGUCGUUUCCUUCGUUCUCCGUUAUACAUCUCGUCGUCGUCACCGCCGAUGCACGCACGCACGCGCCACACAGCGCACCUGCAUCGUAUACCUCCUCGCCGCGCGUUUUAAUUUUUCUUGGCUCUCUCGCUCGCGGUCUGCCGCGCAGCACGCACUGACGAAAUAGAGGCGCGCAGCCCGUUCUUCACAAAGGGGACGCACGGCGGAGAGAGGAGUGGCCGUGGCUGCGAGCCGUACUACACACACUGCGCCGUGUACAGAAAGAAACGGUCGUCACGAUUCUUGGUGGUGCGGCUCCGAGCGGCGGCGGCAGCUGUGUUUCCGGCUAUCAGGACUGACCUCCUCCCGUAGAGCGGCGGCGCCAUUCUACCCUCGCAGCGCACGUCGACGUCGUCCCGCGCCUAGCCACAGCGGACCUAGAGGCUCCGUUGGCUGGCUGGCAACGGCGAAAGCGCUCGUUGAAGUCGUGAGACAGGAGGACCGCACAAUGACGACUCUGGCAUAACGGCCGCCGCAGUCGGGCCUCUGGUAACGCGAAUAGUGUGUCGGUGCUGCGAGACCUCAAGACGACGGCUCGCGCAUGUUGCGAAGAGUAUCCUGCGCGGCUCGGAUAUGAUCCUCACGGCGACGGGUAUUACGAAAGACGCCGAUCUCGAUGACUGCGCUGGGGCGGCCUCGCCUGCCUUCGAGAGGCCCGCCUUUCAAAGGCAGACGUCCGAGGUCAUCUCCGCCAUCGAUGAACCGACGGAGAACAUCAAUCUUAGCUGGAACGCACCUGAGUUUUACAAGAGGUUGAAGCGCUUUCGGCGGACGCAACUUGAAUAUGACACUUGGAACCCUAACCGUUGGGCCAGCUGUCCCGAGGUGGUCAACCCUUCCCCGCAGUCGUUGUCCACUCCCAAUCCUGGCGUUCGCUUCUACGUCGGAACCAGCCCUUCGGGUCAGAGCAUCAGCGACGAGGACGAGGAGGAACGAUACAAGACGUACCUCUACUACCUUCUGAGCACCACGCGGAGCGCGAGCUCAGAGAUCCGCUUCCUAGAUCUCUUCCAGGAGGCCCAGGACAACAUCCGCGCUCUACCGCGGCAAGAGAGCAACUCGACGUUAGACGUUAUACUCUCCUCUCGGCAGCAGCUGUCCUACUCGCCUUCCAACUCAUCUGCCGUGGGUCAGCGGGCGUCCUGGUCUUCCGGCGGCGGCGACGAGUGCUUCAACCGAAGACGGCUCGUGCUUUACGCCCAAGAAGACAUCGGGGCCGGAAAAGCAUUGGCCCUCGGGCACCAACACCACGCUUACUCCCAGCCCGUCAGCCCCGAAGGAUCGCGGGUAAGCGUAGCCACGAUCAGCGCCUCAGUCAGCGAGAAGGUGACGCUGCCCAAGAGGCUCAACAACGGUGCACGCGACGCCCAUAAUGGCCGCGCGUGGUGUCGCGCCUACGACAACCCGUGCUUCGACUCGACGGGCAGCCCAAAGUCUUCGUUCCAGGACAAAACUGUCUGUGCUAGUGUUAGUAACGGUGAAACCCGCGUUGUGGCGCAACAGCCGGCACCCGUGCCGCCUUCCGACAUGCUGUUUCACCAAGACCGAAAGUGCAGUGUCUUCGAUGUACGAAGGCUCAAUGCUAUCCUUCGUUACGUGUUCUGCUGCGACUGUUGCGUGUGGGACGCGGGCCACGCGCGUCGCGCGACGGAGUCGUAGGGGUCGAUGUCUGCAACAGCGUGCGCACGUACCGCGAAUAUUGUUUGUCAUGUGAUAAUUCCUCGCGUUUUAAACGCGCCAACUGUUUCGCCUUAAGACUUGGAUGUGGUGCGAAACGAAGUUUGCACCACGUUAAUCGCAUUUUCGUAGACGUAGUGAUCGAACACAUGUUGCCAACUCGUCAGCCAAGGACUUUUCCAAAGAAAUAUUGUACAGUGAAGAAGUUUUCAGUUGUUUUUAGAAGGUUUAUUAU